UUUAGACGGCACCAGUUCCGGCCAACGCGUUGCUCCGACGGCCGCCGCGGCGGGCGGAAGCACCGACGAGCGCCAGCCGCCUGCCACCCCCCUUCCCACGGAGGGACUGGAAGGAAUCCCCGAUAAGGAGUUGGGAUGGUCUGGGCGCUGACCCCCGUCGACACAGUGCGCGGGACGCAGAAGUAUUACAUCUUCGCCGCCGGGACCUACAAGGUCGGCCGCAAAGAUUGUGAUGUCAUUGUUCAAGCUGACACAUCUAUAUCCCGGGUCCAUGCGGAGAUUGCAAUCGAAAAGAUGGUUGCCUGGGAUCCGAAUUCUGGUGGACCUGCCAGUCCAUCCUAUGUUCGUGUAGUCGACCGAUCAAAGUAUGGCACAUUUGUCAACAAAGUACAUGAAACUCAGGGCAGUCGUCUACAUAAAGAUGAAGAUGUGAUGCUUAUUGAUGGGGACACUGUGACUUUUGGAACUGGGAAUGCGACAUUCAGGUUGUCAUUUGUUCCCAUAGUGGCCUUUUUUCAUGGUGGAAAGUCAGCGCGAAUUGAUCGAUCAUUGCAUGCAGUCAUGACAUCUAUUGGUGCAUACGCUACUCGUAAAUGGAGCGAUGAAUGUACACAUGUUCUUGCUGAUGAAUCAUGUUCGUUGACGCCCGAGCUCCUUGAUGCAGUUAUUGGAAAGAAGCAGAUUGUUCUGGGAGACUGGUUUAAGGCAAUGGCUGAAAAGAACAUACGCACAGAAAUCCCUUCUUGUACACAAUACAUCCCAAACUUGACUCUUGAUGGGACAGUAAUCAAGAUGGUGGAGAUCAACCUCAUUCAGAAUUGUCUAGCAGGCUACACUUUUAUCCUGGGGCCAUCAGAUAAGUAUCAAUUUGGUGAGAAACUCCAUGGAUUACUGGAAUCAACUGGAGCAAAAUAUCUCCACAUUGAUGAAUUUUGUCCAAACAGCCAGGACUCAGUAGCUGGAGAUACUGAUCAACAAAUUCUUGUAGUUCCUGCAAGGUAUCCUUUGGAAUUCAGUAAGAUACGUGUGCUAUUUCCUUUGUCAAAGAUCAGUGAUGUUAAGCUAUUUGCUGCCAUGUUGUCUGGCCGCUUGGAAGCAACUUCUAUUGAACCACCUGCUUUCAUUGUUACAUCCUCAAAUUCGACGGAUGAAACUAUUGUGGAGGAUUCUGAUGUUGAAAUGGAGAUGGCAACUUCUAAUCCUACUGGUGCCGCGAACAAGUCUCAAAAUCACAUUGAGAAUAUAUCUGAUGACGAAAAGGAAAUCACAAAUAUAACUGAUGAAGCUGCUGUAACUGUCAGUGGAACUAAGGCUAGCGUUGUUCAACCAAAUGACCCACAGAAAGUUGAAGCUUCAAAACCUAUGGAGGAUGAUGUUAAGGUCAUAGAGAAAACAGCAAUAUAUAGAUCCAAAGCUAGAGAUGAGGAUGUUCGUGUUAUAAACAAGGUGCCAAAGGAUGAGAAUUUGGACAUCAGCAGGGAUGGGGCUUGUGAUGUCAUAUUUAGUCAGGAUCUGGUUGUCAAAAGACUCCCUCGGCCAGCUCCUGCUGCAGCAACUGAAGUUAGAGGUGUUAACUUCAAACGCUUUAGGAAGAGGGAAACAGUGUCCGGAAACAGCUUCAAGGACCUUGUUCCUUUUGCACGAGAACCAUACAGAGAAUCUGAUUAUGAAGCGGGCACAGUGACUGAUUUCAUGCGGGAGGAGAAGCAGCGGAAACAAAUGGAAGCCAUUGCAGAGGACCUCUUCAACAACGCAAAGUCAAAGAAACGGGCAGCUGCUGGCAGUUCAAUUCAGACCCUACUUACCGGCUGCAGAUGAGAGCCUGCAGGAGAAGAUCACCAGUGUAUGUACAUAUGCUCCGCCUGACUCUUCAUUCAGAGGCCUGGAGAACUGCAUGCUCAUUUGCUAACCGGAUGACAGUCAUCUUCGAAGCACCUUCGACACUCCACUUUCACUGAAGUUUUCUGGAGGUCUGAGAAGCCCGUUUUGCUCCAGGGCUCCUUUUUGACCAUGGUGGGAGAGGCUGAGGCUGUGGUAGAUAUGAAUUGUACCUUAGGGCACGUUCGCUGAUCUAAGUUGGGAAGGCUGUUUGAAAUGGAUCGUGUUGUGGCUGACGGCUAGUUUCCUGCUGUGAUUCUGGGAUUACAUGUUGGACACGUUUACCAGUUCUCAGUUUUUGUUUGAUCACAUCGAAGACCAACUUUGGUUGA